AUGGAUGAAGAUGAGAAAGACAGAGCAAAGAGAGCUUCCCGAAACAAGUCUGAGAAGAAGCGUCGGGACCAGUUCAAUGUCCUCAUCAAAGAGCUCAGCUCCAUGCUGCCUGGCAACACGAGGAAGAUGGACAAGACCACCGUGCUGGAGAAGGUCAUUGGGUUCUUGCAGAAACACAAUGAAGUCUCAGCGCAAACGGAAGUCUGUGACAUACAGCCGGACUGGAAGCCUUCGUUCCUCAGUAAUGAAGAAUUCACCCAGCUGAUGCUGGAGGCCUUGGAUGGCUUCAUCAUCGCCGUGACGACAGAUGGCAGCAUCCUCUAUGUUUCUGACAGCAUCACGCCUCUCCUUGGGCACUUACCGUCGGAUGUCAUGGAUCAGAAUUUGUUAAAUUUCCUUCCAGAGCAAGAACACUCAGAAGUCUAUAAAAUGCUCUCUUCCCAUAUGCUUGUGACGGACACCCCUUCCCCAGAAUACUUAAAAUCUGACAACGAUUUAGAGUUUUAUUGCCAUCUUCUCAGAGGCAGCUUGAACCCAAAGGAAUUUCCAACUUAUGAAUACAUAAAAUUUGUAGGAAAUUUUCGCUCCUACAGCAAUGUGCUCAGCCCCCCUUGUAACGGCUUCGAUGGCGCCCUUUCAAGGCCCUGCCGAGUCCCCUUGGGGAAGGAGGUCUGCUUCAUCGCCACCGUUCGCCUGGCCACACCACAGUUCCUAAAGGAAAUGUGCAUCGUUGACGAACCUUUAGAGGAAUUCACUUCAAGGCAUAGCUUGGAAUGGAAAUUUUUAUUUCUGGAUCACAGAGCCCCUCCUAUCAUAGGAUACCUGCCUUUUGAAGUCCUGGGAACCUCGGGCUAUGACUACUACCACGUGGACGACCUGGAGCUCCUAGCCAGGUGCCACCAGCACCUGAUGCAGUUUGGCAAAGGGAAGUCUUGCUGCUACAGGUUUCUGACCAAAGGCCAGCAGUGGAUUUGGCUCCAGACCCACUACUACAUCACCUACCACCAGUGGAACUCCAAGCCCGAGUUCAUCGUGUGCACACACUCGGUGGUCAGUUACGCCGAGGUCCGGGUGGAGAGGAGGCAGGAAUUGGCGCUGGAGGACCCGCUGCUGGAGACCGUCCACCCUUCGGCACUGAAGGACAAGGGCUCCAGCCUGGAACCUCAGCAGCACUUUAAUGCACUUGACCUGGGCACCUCAGGCCUUAACACCAGUCAUUCACCAUCGGCCUCCUCACGAAGUUCCCACAAAUCCUCGCGCACAGCCAUGUCAGAGCCCACCUCCACUCCAAGCAAGCUGAGGGCAGAGGCCAGCACCCCAGCUUUGCCCAGAUCGGCCCAAGAGCUCCCAGUGCCAGGACUCAGCCAGGCAGCCGCGAUGCCGGCCCCCCUGCCAGCCCCGGCGUCCUGUGACCUUACACAGCAGCUCCUGCCUCAGACCAUCUUGCAGAGCCCACCUGCCCCAGUGUCACAGUUUUCAGCACAGCUCAGCAUGUUCCAGACCAUCAAAGACCAGCUGGAGCAGCGGACACGCAUCCUGCAAGCCAACAUCCGGUGGCAGCAGGAAGAACUGCACAAGAUCCAGGAGCAGCUCUGCCUGGUUCAGGACUCCAACGUGCAGAUGUUUCUGCAGCAGCCAGAUGGAUCCCUGAGCUUCAGCAGUGCCCAGCGGUCGGAGACUCAGCAGCAGCUUCAGCAGAGGUCUGGCCCAGGUCCCCAGCUUGUGGCCAGCCCACAGCUUCCAGGGCAGAUAGCCUCUGCCCAGGUCACGAACCAGCACCUGCUAAGAGAAUCGAGUGUGAUAUCGACCCAGGGUCCAAAGCCAUUGAGAAGCUCACAGAUGAUUCAGGGGAGCAGCCUGACACCCCAGUUUAGCAGCACCACCCCUGCGCUCCCGUCGGCUCUGAGCCUGACCACGCCAGCUUCCGCCUCCCAGGAGGCCCCCCAGGGCCAACCCAGCCCGGACUUCAGCCAUGACCGGCAGCUCAGGCUACUGCUGAGCCAGCCCAUCCAGCCCAUGAUGCCCGGAUCCUGUGAUGCGAGGCAGCCUUCAGAGGUCGGGAGGACCGGCCGGCAAGUCAAGUAUCCGCAGAGCCAGGCCGUGUUUCAGAACCCGGAUGUGCAUACCACCAGCGGCGCCUCCACCCCUGUCCUGCUGAUGGGGCUGCACCCCAGCUUCCCCACCUCCCAGCCGUCACCCCUGAAGCCUGCACAGGCCCAGCCACAGCCUCCGCACUUUCUUCAGGUGCAGGUGCCAACCUCUCUGCACAGUGAGCAACAGGACUCCCUCCUUCUCUCCACCUACUCGCAACAGCCAGGGACCCUGGGCUACCCAACGCCGGGGCCCGCGCGCCCAGCCCGAAGGGUCAGCAGCCUGUCUGAGUCCUCAGGCCUCCAGCAGCCGCCCCGGUAG